UUGCCUAAGAUAGAUUCUUCUAGAGACAAACCUGAAGUCGUUGCAAACAGAAUCAAUCAUACCGGGGGGAGAUGCACAGACAGAUGUUGGUCUCUGUCAGGGGGCUGAGAUUUCUGGCAUGUUUGACCCAAUUCUGAAGAAGUCUGACAGAGAGGUCCGACUUUGCUGCUGAGGUUAUUCUACCAUCUUACCUAAGACACAGAAUGGGGAGCCUGAAGGACGAGAAGCGAAGUCUCAGGGACGACCAACUGCCUUGUGAGAAGACAAAUAAUGAGGGACUCUCUGUAGGCUCCAACAGUGGCUCUGAGGUUGACGGUAGUCCCCUACGCACAUGUCAAGAGUCAACAAGUUUAGAGGAUCGUCAGUCUAAACUCCAAACAGAUGCAGGCUCUGAUGUCAACACAGAGAAACACAGAGAAUUCAAAGAUCCAGAGCUUUCAGGAGUUGAUUGUGAAAGCACUGCCCCAGCAGUCUCUGACUCGGUUAAGGACUCUGUAAAGGCUGAGGCAAAGCCUGUGACUCUGCUGCCUGUAGCUACAGAAAGCGAAGCCACAAUCUCUAUAAACAUCCAGGAUAAUGGAGAUGCUGAUAGAAAAAUCAUGGCUCUUGGAAACAGCAAAGGAAGAGAUACUGAGAACAUCUUUGUUUGUAUGCCAUCGACUCCCGGCCCCUCUGACCCACGCUCUCCAGCCCCUUUUGGGCAGCAACACAUGCGUACACAGGUGAGCCUAGAAGUGGUCCAGUGCUGCUCCGCUGCUACCAGCCCCAUGACCCCUCCAGAGGGAGACCAUUCCUUCUUCUUCCCGAGCAGUUUUGGAAAACACCAAGCUGCUGCCACUUCUGGCACUAAGGAUGCAGAACUGCAAGUGGGUCAGCAAGUGGAAUUCUGCUCUGUCGCCACAUCCCCCAUGACCCCAAAGACACCAUCAAGCACAGCUUUUCCAGUGCUAGUUGAAAAAAGGAGUUUUCAAGAAAAGAGUUUGAAAACAACCAAAUGUACCGGAGAAACGUCACCAAAAGAUGGAACUUUGAAAAGCGAUUUGUCAAACGAGAUGACCGAAAGCUUGAGUCCAAAUAAAUCUGUGGGUAGCUCCACCAUAGGUCUGGCUACGACUAAAACAAACACCAAGGUAACCUUUGAGGACAAUGCUCAGCAAUGCAAACAACAGAGGAUGGGGAGCAUGGAUCAAGAUAUCACGAUCUUAGUGACUCACUAUGGCAACAACCAGGAGGAAGGGGAAGAGAAAGCAGAGUCACAUUUUCAGACCCUGGAACCUGAAAUGGUGAAAAUAGAAGAAACUGAUGGAGGCGGACAAGACAUCAGCAAUAUAAAGAGUGUGAACAGAAAAGAACCAGCCUCCACAGUAGCUCCUGAUCAUGCUCAGGAAAAAUCAAGCCCAAAGCAGAACCACAAACUACCAGAGGGGGCGAAGAUUUGUACCAAAGCUGAAGAUUCAAAGGCCAUGGCACACAAAGCUGCACGAGACGAGCUGAAAGAUGUUUCUAUACCAAAAUCUCCUGUCCCUGAAUCCCCAGCUCCUUUUGGCUGCCACAACAUCCGCACACAGGUGAGCCUGGAGGUGGUGCACUGUCAGUCCGUGGCCACAAGCCCGAUGACCCCUCCAGAAGGGGACCAAGCCUUCUACUUUCCUAGCUCUCUUGGGAAAUGUAGAGAAGCGGGCACCGAAACAAAAGAUGCUGAGCUGCAGGUGGGUCAGCAGGUAGAAUUUCGCUCCAUUGCUACAGCACCCAUGACUCCAAGAACUCCAGUAGCUACGAUUUUUCCUGACAUAAAGAAGGAGGAGAGCAUUGAGGAGGAAAUAUUGGAGGAGAAAGAGGAGGAACAGAGAGAACAGGUAACAGAGCACAAGAAGGAAGCACUCAAAGAGGAGGAAAAAUUAACCCAGAAAGAGAGUGUGGAAGGGGACACAAAGGAAGCAAUUAACUGUACGGAAACAGAUGAGGAGAAGUCCGAGGAGCCGGUGCAGGAGGUAAACUGGGAUGAGAAAGGGAUGACCUGGGAUGUGUACGGUGCAGUGGUAGAAGUAGCGGUACUGGGCACUGCCAUCCAGAAACACCUUGAGAAACAGGUGCAGAAACAGAAGCAGCUGUCCUCCAUGCCUCCCCCACCUCCACUCAACCCAUCAGCAACACCCCUCCCUUCAGAUGCAGGGUGUGGGGGUUCUGGUAAACGCCGGGGGCGGAAGAAAGGGGAGCAUGACGGAAAAGCAAGCCGGCGCAGGAGAAACCCGUUCAGGCUGUUGAUGGAGAACGUACAGCAGCCACACUGCUGCUCCAAGGCUCACACUAACGAAUGAAGAACAGCUGGCCGAGGAGGAGAGCCGUGUUAAAAUAUUCCAUCUGAUCUGCGUGGCUUUGAUACUCUGAUUUACAACAGCUUGAGUUUUGUGUUGGACAGGGGGAGAGACAAAUCACACGAGAGACAAACAAGCUCAGAAAGCAAUUACACACCAAGCAAUGAAGCAUAAAGAAGCUCUUUUACCUUUUACUUUGACAUUGUUCUUUUACUAAAAGUUUUUGUAACGUCAUUUUAAACAGAUUGUCAGGUUUAAUGGAGUUACUAUGAGUGUGAUGCAUCAGUGUCAUUGUUACGUUUGCUCUUUCUCCUUUAUUUUCUACCGCUCAGCUCAUUCAGUUAUCCAGUGAGUCAUUUCAGCUACUGAUACUUUUUAAUGUACCUCAGGCAAGUGACGCCAUGGCAACAAGCUUUCAGUUCCUCCGGCUCAUAGAACUGAAGCUGAGAGGAACAAGGCAAGUUUUAAAAUGUAUUUUCUGUGUUUUUCUUUUAUAUAUAAGAAUUUAUCCUGAUAUAAGUAAUCUUGAUUUUUGUGAAUUAAAUUUGCCAUGCUUUUGUGCAGCUCAUAUUUAAGUUUCAGCUACCUGGUAGUUUCCAACAGCUUAGUCAUGACUCAUUACUGUAUCCAAAUGCAAUGAAAAGUGUUUCAGCUGUAGACAUUUGUAAUGAAAAUAGAUUCUUUUUAGUGUGUUUUA